CCGUGGCGUCUCGCCUGCAUGCCAUCUCCGUUCACGCGCGGUACUGCUGCUGCUGCUGCUACUACUACUACUGCUGCUCGGUGCCGUUGCCCGAUUGUCCAGAAUACGCACAGUGCCCGGGGUACAGUGUUGCAAGUGCUCGAGUCUGACCGACCGGUACCAGUUGACUGGCGUGGUACCAGUUGCCGCGUGUUCGCAGCCGCAGCCGCAGCCGCAGUCGCGGUCGCAGUCGCAGUCACAGUCACGCUGCGCUCUGUCACCAUUAACUCGUCGCUUGUGCUCGCGCGCGUGUUCGCAGGUGAUCCAUCGUAGCUGCUGACGGCCGAGAUUGGUUCCUCGAAAAGACGUGCGCUUGAAUAAACCGGCGGAAACGCGGCUCUGAGAAAAAUAGCUUCCAGACCGACCGAGAGGAGGUCACGCAUCGGGUGGACGACGCACGAUCUCACCGUCUUCUUUUCAUUUCCCUCGAGGGGCCACGCCGACCUCUCUUUUACAUUCGAGGAUUCAAACGAGAUCCGAUCGCACGGUCAAACGCAGGAAACACGCCGGUUGCGGCAGGUCGCGAAGAACGGAUUUGAAGAUGUCCUACAUUAUCUGAUCUUAACGAUGAGAGGAACCACUCUGGACGAACGACUUGACUAGAAAAGGAGAGGCCUGGGAAGCUACGGGAAAAAAUGGGUCAAGCGUGGUGCAAGGAGAAAACCUCCAAGGCCCAGGACUCCAAAUCACCGUUGGAUCGGGUCUUCGUACGAUGCGCGCAUCGGAUUUAUCCAAGUUUAAAGGAGGAAGGCUCGGUCUUAGGAGGUGCCACGCAGAGAGUUACGAGCUCCGAAAUAGGAUACGCCGGUUCACCACCGAGGGAGGUGCUCACGAGGGGACGGAGCAUAGACUCCGUGGACAGGCCUUUUCAUCCUAGCGACUGGGUGGAUGUCAAUCUCGAAGUGCCCAGUCCGCCCAGAAUGAGCUCGAUCGUCGACACUAGUCUACGUCCCGCUGCCACACCUAUGUUCAGCUGUGCCAAUCUGAAGGACAUCACUCCUGUGCCACCUCCGAGACGAAAAAAGAGAAACAGGAGCAGCAGACCCUUGCCGCCGAAACCGGACGAGAUUCCUGAGAACGUGACCAAUAAUUUGAGACGCAGCGAUACGAGCGAGGAACCGUUAUAUUUGUCGGUCAGAUCGCCGAAGACGAGUAGCAACGACCAGAACGGUGAAGUCGAGACGCGGGGAAUGGGAAAGACCUGUACGGAAGAUCCGAAGCAUGACGGUCGAAGGACGAAAGAGAUUUACGAACAUAAGGUUAACGGUACCGGAAGGAUAAUAUCCAGCGAGGUGGUUUCUGGCAAGAGAACGCCCGCCGACAAGAAAACUUCGAGGGCUUCGGAGUCGGGCCACCAUCACCGGAAAGUUCUCGAGAACGAGGAAUACGAGAGAUUCGCCCGGAAUCAGUCGAUCAAGGACUCUUCGACUCCUAAUCGCCAGGACAGACGGAAGUCGAAGGAGCUCGAGAGGCGGAUCAGGGAUUCCUCGAGGGACGACGACAGACCGGAAGUAAAUACAAGAACGAAGAACUACAGCACCGUUAGCUUGCCGAAUUACGAUGAGUUGGACGUGUCUAGGCAUCCUGCGAAAGACGCGACGAACGACGAGGAAAGUGUGGGAGAGAAAAUGAAGUCAAAGAGACCCGUCAGAUGCAGCACUGUCUCGCUUCCGGCCGAAUCUUUCCUGUCGCCUUUUUCUGAGAAAACAAGUGUAUGUCUGGAAGACUACAUCCCGCGACGUGGCAGCAUCGAGCACCUAUCGCUGUAUCAAGUGCUGGGGAAGUUGGGCUCCAGCGAGAAUGAGGUCACUGGCGGCGGAUUCAUGAAGUACGAUCCGAGUAAAUUGGAGGAUUGGGAUCUCAGUGACAUCAGUAAUUGCGACUCGAACCAACGUUUCUCUGUCGAGAAUACGCCGCGGAUUGAAAUUCAUAACGAUGAUCCUGCGAAAAGUGGACUUUCCGAGGGUGUAGAUGUUGUCGAUUACUCGCGAAAUGACGAAGCCGGGCAAACCGAGUCGACUGAGAUGAAAAUCUCGUGCGUUCAAGAUAUGACUUCAUCGUUGCAGAAACCCGAAUCUUUCGGCAAGAUAGCAUCGCCGAUAAUCGAUUCCGACAAAGAAUCAAAGUAUUCUGAUGAUUGGCUAACAGACCAAAACAGAUCGUUAAAAUAUUUCGAUCCUCCUAAGAUGUCGGAGAUCUGUCAAGUCUCACCAACUUGCGAGUUAGCAACCUCGCCAGUUCGUAGAGAACCAUUUUUUCUAAACGAAGAACUUCAUCGUUCGGCUUUUGAUACGAUCGAAGGGUCCUGCAGGAACGGCGCCGUCAUCCGGGAAUCCGAUCGAUCCGACCAAUCGAGGCUGAUCUUCGGCCGUAGCCUGUCGAACGAGAGCGAGCCGUACGACGAUCUGUACGAGUCGAAGGAGUUGCGUGCACAUUCCGACGUAACGAACAAGUUAAUCAGAACGAUAUCGGAGGAGUCGCUGCCGCAGGAGAUGCUGGAGGGAGUCGACGAGGAGAUUGUCGACUUUUUCGAUGAGAAGCUGGCCAAGGAUGCGACGAACAAAUUGAAGAAGGAUUGCCAGGAUCAGCGGGUAAAGACGCCACCGCCGAGUCCGGAGCCAAAGAUCAAAGCCCAGAUUCUAGACAAUGAUCAUUCGACCUUGCUGAAGGUUUUAAACGACGAGGUAGCCGACGGAAGUAAUCUCAGUUCGAUGACGCCAAGCCUCACCGAGCUGGAGGCAGCGCUUUCGGAUAUGUUGGAGAAGGAGGAUCAGCCCGAUGAAAUUAUGAAGCGAGAGAGCACGAGCGAGGAAUGCAAACAGACUCCUGUGGAGAAGCUUCUCGAGCCGGAAAUCGUACCCGUGGAGAAGCACAAUGCGAUCGACAGAAAUGUGUCGGAUCAAUGUCGUUCAAUUAACGAUGACAUUCUAGUCGAUAGUACGCCUGAGAAUAAGACAGAUCGAUUGUCCGUGUCUUCAGAACAACCCCUUGGAGACACGAUGUCGACACCGAAGAAAAGAAAAGUGUCGUUCUGCGCCUGGGAAGAGAAGGUCAUGAUGGACGUCGAUUUGGAAGAUGACGAGAAAUCGCCGCAUAAUGAAACGUCACAAAAUUUAGACGAGGCGACGGGCCCUGAUUUUAAGGAUUCUGUCGUUAAGUCGGAACUGAGAUCAAGCACUGAUUUUUUCAAAGGCAUCGCAGCUGAUGCAAAAGAUAGAAGUAGUGCAGGCUCUGUAGGAGAAGCGCCCGAGAAGCCUAGUAGAUUGUUUCAAAACGUGGAAGACUUAGCGGAGGAUUUGGAACAAAUUCCUACACCGCCACGAAGGAAGAACAAAAGUUUAAGUGUUACGAAGGAAUCAGUCAAAAUUAUAGACAAUUAUCACGAAAAUCCCGAUUCUGGUCCCAAUGACAGACUCAUUUAAUAAUUUCAGAUUACGUAAUCUCUCGUAAUCUUUCCGCUGUUAUGUGAUUGUACGCGACAAUAUGAUCCUACAAUGUUUGUGCCACAUGAAUUGUUAAUAUGUUUAAUACAUUAAUUCAUAAUCGUUAUAAGCUAUUAACCAUAUGUAAAAUUAAUAAUAAAAAAUAAAGAAAAAAUAUAACACAUA